AUGUUUCGAGGCGUUGUCAACAUGGUCGCCCUAGCACGUGACAGAACUGAACCGGUUACAGUCGAGGGUGUGGACUACAGUGUGGCGGACCUUUACGACGCCAUGGAGAAGGAAGACAAACCGGAACUGGAGGAUUCUGCCGGCGGAAGUUCGUCGACGGGUGGUGCAGCCGGACCGGACGGGGGUGGUUCCGCCGGAGGGAGUGGCAACAUCACGGAGCGCAAGGGCCCACACUGCAUGAUGCGGCUCGUUGGGAUCCUGUGCGAAGACUCCAUCCGCCCACUUGUCAUCAACAGCCGCUUGCAGGCGACCCGGCAGGAGCUAGACACCUCAGCAGUUGGGCCGCGGAAAAAUUUGUGGCCAGAGGUCACCGACCGCUUCAGAGACCCUCGCCACAAUGUGAGAAAAAUCGUGGACGACGAACAAGUGAGUCACGUCAUUGCGAACAUCAUCCAGCAACCUAACAUCUCGGCGGAAAAGAUCACCCCCAUGCGAUCUGCGGCAAAGGCGAAAUGGAACACGCCUAAUGCCAACUGGAAGAGUGAACCCGGCAACAACCAGCCAUGGCUUUCAUUUUGCCAAGGGGACACGGACACGUACAUUCUCGGUUGCGCAGUCGAGAAAUACCCCGAGCUUGACCAAGUGUGCAACAAUCUCCUCCCGGAGGACGCUCAGCGAGAGGACGACAGAACCGGAGAGGGCGAUGGCUGGCGCGAGGCUUACGAGCAGAACAGGCGGGGGACGAAGCAGAAAAAGAAGGGGGGAAGGCAGAGCGUGGCAGAGGCUACGUCCGUUGCCAUGAAAACCGCACUCUUAGAUAUUGAGCCGCUCCUGCCACGUGGCGGAUCGGAGAAAUCUGAGUGGCGACUGAAACAAGAGGAAGAGGAAAGCAAGUCUGCUGCCCUCGAUACCAAGGCUGCUGAAUACGCUCUGCAGAAAGAAAUGCGCGCCGACCACCAGAAAUUUUCGGAGCAGAUUGUGGAAGAGAAGGAAAACAAGCGGCCGGGUGACCAGACGAGAGUAAAAUUCAUGGAACAAAUGGAAGCAAAGCUCGAGAAGGAGAUGUUUGGAGGCCAAUAA